AGCCUGAGCCGCCGCCGCCGCCCCGCCGAAUGAUGUGCUUGGUCAGCGCCGCGAUGAAAGCUCAAAUUGAAAUUAUUCCAUGCAAGAUCUGCGGAGACAAAUCUUCAGGAAUCCAUUAUGGUGUGAUUACCUGUGAGGGUUGCAAGGGCUUCUUCAGGAGGAGCCAGCAGAGCAAUGCCACCUAUUCCUGCCCUCGCCAGAAAAACUGCUUAAUUGAUCGAACCAGCAGGAACCGCUGCCAGCACUGCCGCUUGCAGAAAUGCCUGGCUGUGGGGAUGUCGCGAGACGCUGUCAAGUUCGGCCGCAUGUCCAAAAAACAGAGGGACAGCUUGUACGCAGAGGUCCAGAAGCACCGGAUGCAGCAGCAGCAGCGAGACCACCAACAGCCCCCCGGAGAAGCGGAGCCGCUGACCCCGAGCUACAGCAUCACGGCUAACGGCCUGACGGACCUGCACGACGACCUCAGUAAUUACAUAGAUGGCCACCCUCCUGAAGGUAGCAAAGGCGACUCUGCGGUUAGCAGCUUCUACUUAGACAUACAACCUUCUCCAGACCAAUCGGGCCUUGAUAUUAAUGGCAUCAAACCAGAACCAGUCUGUGACUACACUCCCACGACGGGCUUCUUUCCAUAUUGCUCCUUUACCAAUGGGGAGACCUCUCCUACUGUGUCCAUGGCAGAAUUAGAACACCUUGCACAGAACAUCUCUAAGUCACACAUGGAAACCUGCCAGUACCUGAGGGAAGAGCUACAGCAGAUCACCUGGCAAACGUUCCUGCAGGAGGAAAUUGAGAACUAUCAGAGCAAGCAAAGGGAGGUCAUGUGGCAGUUAUGUGCGGUGAAGAUAACAGAAGCAAUACAGUAUGUCGUAGAGUUUGCCAAACGCAUCGACGGCUUUAUGGAACUAUGCCAAAACGAUCAAAUUGUGCUUUUAAAAGCAGGGUCUUUAGAGGUUGUGUUUAUCAGAAUGUGCCGUGCCUUUGACUCUCAGAACAACACAGUGUACUUUGAUGGCAAAUACGCUGGCCCAGAUGUAUUCAAAUCAUUAGGCUGUGAAGAUUUCAUUAGUUUCGUUUUCGAAUUUGGAAAGAGUUUAUGUUCUAUGCACCUUACUGAAGACGAGAUUGCAUUAUUCUCAGCUUUCGUUUUACUAUCUGCAGAUCGAUCAUGGCUUCAGGAAAAGGUAAAAAUCGAAAAGCUCCAGCAAAAAAUUCAGUUUGCGCUUCAACAUGUACUGCAGAAAAACCAUCGGGAAGAUGGAAUAUUAACAAAGCUAAUAUGCAAAGUGUCUACCUUAAGAGCCCUGUGUGGACGACAUACAGAAAAGCUCAUGGCGUUCAGAGCAAUAUACCCAGAGAUUGUGCGACUGCAUUUUCCUCCCUUGUACAAGGAGUUGUUCACUUCAGAAUUUGAGCCAACGGUGCAGAUGGAAGGGUAAAGGGACCUUCUCAAGCCUCCUGGAAGCUCUCGGGGGGGACAAACAUUCAAGCAGAAAGAAAGAAGAAAGAGAUUCAACUGAGACACUUUGGUGGCCCUGCUUAAGACGCCAGGAGCCAGCACACUGCAGCUCUUCCGGGCUCCGGCGCCAGGCGAAGGAGGGGGAGAACGCAGCGAGGGUUGGACUUCCUUGUCUCCUUGGUCCCGUUGCUGCGAUGCCCACCCAGAGGGGCCCUUCCCCCCCCCAGCUGGACUUCUCCGUCUUCAGCCUCUGUUUACACAGAAGGAGGGCUCUCCUCUGUCUUUGUAACUCACUGCCCACAGAGACGCUCGCUGAACAAGGUCCGACACCGAACCUCCAGCUCGACUCCGGCGACUGGUGUGCACUGCAGAGGCAUCGCUUCAUCAGUUUUGCACAACUUUUGCUCAUUCUUUCAUGAAGGACGAUGUCUUUUCACCGUACCGUGUUUGCCACCGGGCGGGAUGGCAUGAAAAGAGUCCAUAGCAAUAGCAUUAUAAUCUAUUACAGGGUAAAUGGGCAUGAAGUCAAUAUAUAGCAAAAAGAGAUGAUAUUGUUUAUAUAUUGUUUUAAUUAAUAUAAAAAAAAAUUGUAGUUAACUGGUAUAGCUUUUAUUGUUGAAUUGAUAAGGCACUUUCAUUUUGCACCUUUUUUUCUUUUUAAAUUAUAUGCUGGCGUGUUCAGUGUUUGUGCUGCAUGUACACCAGAAAUCCAAGUUUUAACGGAGGGUUGGAAGGGAGAAGAGGACACUGCAAAGGAGGUUGUGCUGCUAUUUUCCACGUUUCCUUUGGCAGAGAGGCAGGCCCUGGUCCUGCGAUGCCCUUCCAGGGUCUUGUGGAAGGGGCACGGGGGGGGGGGGGGGGGGGGGGGGGGAGAGAGGAGGGACGUCAAGUUUCUAAACCGUUUUCUGGGUCUUAAAACUAUGUUUUUAUUGGAGAAGCAAAAACAAAUAAAUCCCUAUUUUGAAACCAGAUUGCUGACAAUGGGGAUUGAAAAGGAAAAAAAAAGAAAAAGCUAUGUUUAAUCACUUAACAAAUGUGUUGGUUUUUUUAGUAACACCUUCUCAAAAUCAGCUCAUUUCGUGGAGUGAGUAAAUAUGGAUUCCGACAACCAAAUUUAGACAGUUGUGUUUUGGAAAUAUUGGUCCUAAUACUUUUGUUUACAUUUUGUGUGUGUUUGUGUAAUUAUGUGUGUGUGUGUGUGUGUGUUUGGAGAGAGAAAAAAAUACAACAAAUUAAGACAGGUAGGGUACAUACAUUUUUUUUAUUCUCGUGGAUAGGGUCCAUGGACUUAAAUCUUGUAUUCAGUGCACAGACACCCCCGACUAUUCGCUGAAUUGUGACACAGCUGGAGGCUUGUUUAAAAAACCUGCUCUUGCGUGUUACUACUUCCUUUGUAAACCAAGGGGUGCUACUUGCCCCCCUUGCUUUGCAAUCUGUUCCAAACAGAAGCUGCCAUGGGAGGUGGUCGAACACGUCGGGAGCUUGGAUCCAGCAGUUGCCAUCUUGGUUUCUUGGUCACUCCGCCUUUUGAAAUCUAAAGCAAUCUGAAUUCAUGCUCUAUCUACCACAUGCUACACUUUAGCCACCCGCACCUGGAAUCAUGAGCAGGAAGCUCUAUAUUAAGAAUUAUUUAUAUCAUGGCCAAUGAAAUCCACCUAUUCAAAUGCAAAAUCUGAUCCAAAAGUGGUGACACAAGUUGGACUCCACUUCUCCUGUUGACAUUCCAUUUGCUCAUUGGACCACUUUGAAAUAUUGGAGAAAGUUCCCUCAAAACGACCACAAGUUCCAGUUGGAUUCCUGGUCUUUAAGGUUGUGUUUAGAGCCAGC